UACGUUUAUUUGCAUCUUAUUUUGCAGAAAAGAAAAUAAAUUCUUUGACUAGUGGUAACAACACAGAAAAGGAAAAACUAGGCAUUCUGGGCUUUUUUCGAAACCACAAGAAAAUCAACAAGAACGAGGGAAACAUAGGAUCAAUGGAAAAUGAAGAAUAUGAAGAGAUUUUUAAAGCAGCAUCUACCAGUGGAACAACCCAUGAUGGGUGUUCAACAGCCCCAAGUUCACCCUCAGUCAACACACGUCCUGUUACAGCGGGUGCCUCAGUGUCCCUAUAUAACAUCUCAUCAAUUGGUGCUAAACCAGAGGUAAAGAAGCGCAGAGCUCCUCCCCCACCAAAGCCAACAUCAUUGGAAGUGGUGAUUGAGAAAACCAUGGAUCAAAAAACAUCUGAGCAGCUUCCUUCUGGCUUUCAAAAUGAACAGCAGAAAAAAAAACGGAGAGCUCCACCACCGCCAGCUACCCAGAUGCCAAAUGAUAAGAAUGAGGAAAAAGAGGAAAACCGAGAAAGCUCUACAGGUAAUGGACGACAGGUUCCACAAAAGCCCCCAAGAGGCACCCCACGAAGUCCACCUGCUUUAGUGAUUCCCUCACCCCCACCUUACCCACCUUCUGAUUAUGGUAAUCUGGACACGCCUGACAUUGAAAAUGGAGUAGUUGUAACAGAACUUCCCAAGUUUGUGCCUGUACCUGCAAAACGUGAUAAAAGCUUGAAGCGGUUAAAUAGUGUUUCUUCUGUGGAAAUCCUUACAUCUGACCCAAUGCAAGCUGAUGAAGCAGAAUCCAUUUAUAGUUAUACAGAAGAUUCGGGGAUGGUGAGCUCACUUUCAGACAGUGUGUCUCUGGAUUUGUAUAGUGACAUCACGCAAAGCAAAGCGAGCCUCUUGAAUCAGGAAAAUGCAAAUGAAUUUUUGAGAACCGACAUUCACAAUAGUAAUAACUCAAGCAAUAUGCAGGCAAGAAGAGAUGACAAUGAUGAUGUCACUUCUGUUCAAAAUGGCGAUGAAGAUAUUUUUAUUUCUGCCCAGUUCCAGAAAACAUUGGAAGAGCUUGAUGAUGACUCUGAAGCUGUAAGGGAAAAAUCAGGGAAAAUUGAACAAUCCAAUUCCUAUACAUCCAACAAAGAGCCACCGAAGUCUGCUACCAUCAAGGGAGAUAAAGGAAAUGAUGUAACUUCAACAACAAAAGAUGAGACUGAUAAUCCUAACAAUGGUGAUGUAUUCGGACCAAAAGCAAAGUUACGUCAUGUGGUCCAGAAACCAGUCCAGAAAGACAUAUCAUUGCACAGUGCUUUUAUGGAAGCCAUUCAGUCUGGUGAAGGAAACGAAAAGCUAAAGAAAGUACAGAUCCAAGAAAAUCUCCAGCGGGGGUUUAUCCGCCCUUCUACCUCUCCUGCAGGGGCUGGGUUCUUCUUUGUGGAGAAGAAGGACGGAGGCCUUCGACCUUGUAUAGACUAUCGGGGUCUGAAUAAGAUCACCGUGAAGAACAGGUACCUCCUGCCCCUGAUUGCCGAGCUCUUUGACCAGCUGAAAGGGGCAAAGAUUUUCUCCAAGUUGGAUCUCCGGGGGGCCUACAACCUCAUUCGCAUCCGGGAGGGUGACGAAUGGAAGACGGCAUUCAACACUCGGGAUGGGCACUAUGAAUAUCUAGUUAUGCCCUUCGGCCUAUGCAAUGCCCCUGCCUUCUUCCAGGAGUUUGUUAAUGAUGUGUUCCGAGAUCUCCUAGGAAGGUUCGUAGUCGUAUACUUGGACGACAUCCUGAUCUUUUCCAAGGACCUUGAAAGUCAUCGCUCCCAGGUGAAGGAGGUACUCUCUCGUCUGAGGAAGAACUCUCUCUUCGCCAAGUUGGAGAAGUGUGUCUUCGAGGUAUCCAAGAUCCCCUUCCUAGGAUACAUUAUCUCUCCAGAGGGAUUUGAGAUGGACCCCGUGAAGGUGUCGGUCACUCACCGCUCCACGUCUCUGGUCCAGGUGCAGCGCCCCGAACCCGCAGCUUGGGGAGACUUCCCUUGCAGCGUGUACUCAACAGAACAGCAGACAGUGAUGUGA